AUGAAGGGACGUAUGUUUUGCGCUUCUCAAGCAUCAACAGCCAUCGUUGACGACGACGACAAACUCAGCAGCCGAGCAUUCGACCGGCGCCACAAUACGAUCAUUAACGAUGGCCGGAGAUCCUCCAUCAGUAACAAAACAGUAGAGAUCUACAAGGGCAGGAGGAGCGGCGUCACUGCCCGAAAAAGCACCAGCGGUGGAGCUGCGGCGUUGUUGAAGCUCAUCACUAAUGACCUCAGCUUGGCGAGGAAGAGUUUCAGCUGUGUAGCGAGACCCGCAAGUGGUGAGUUUAUCAAAACCCCUGCUGGUUCUACUAGGUAUCUUUUGGGAUCCGACCCGGGUUCUCUUACCGGGUCUGCGGGUCAUAAAUGUCCUGAUGGUGAAGAGAUAAAGCCGUCUUCGUUGCUGACGGAGGAGAAGACUAGUGGUAGUGGUUCAGACCAGCAGGUGGUUGUUCUCAAAGUGUCUCUCCACUGUAGAGGCUGUGAAGCAAAAGUUAGGAAACAUCUGUCCAGAAUGCAAGGUGUGACAUCAUUCAACAUAGAUUUCGCUGCCAAGAAAGUGACUGUGACUGGAGACAUCACUCCCUUAGAAAUAUUGGAUAGCAUCUCAAAGGUUAAAAAUGCUAAAUUCUGGACAGCUCCUGCACUCCCAAUGCCAAAUAUGGAAACUCCAAAUCACUAG